AUGCCGUCCUCGCGCUCCGCGCCUCGCCUCUGCUGGUCCGUCGCCGCGCCACAGCGCGCGACCGCACCUGCACGCACCCUUCGCCUCGCUCCACCCCGCCGUCGCCGCGCGUCGCCUGCCCCUACUCGCCGCUCCGCUGCUUGUCUGCUCCAGCGCGCCCGCAGCCCUUGCCGCUCCCCGCCUCCUCUGCCACCGGCCCCGCGCUGCUCCACCAUCGCAGCGCCGCACUGCUCCUCCACCGUCCCCGGCGCCCGCUACCGGCGCUCGCUCCCGCAUCGGCGCCCGUUCGGGCGGGGCGCCCGCACGCCCGCUAGGCCCCCACGGGCCUAUGACAAAGGGGCCCCACCCCCAGAACGUUAA